AUGUCCAUAUUUGAAGGGACUCUGGAGGUGAGGCUGAAGGAUGGUGGCAGUCACUGUGCCAGGAGAGUGGAGGUGAAACACGGGGGCCAGUGGGGGACCGUGUGUGGACGUUUCUGGAACAUGAACAAUGCUGCAGUGAUUUGUAGGCAGCUGGGCUGCGGAUCCGCCAUUGAAAUUCCUCGUGCUAGACUCUUUUGGCCAGGAUCUGGACACAUCUGGAUGGAUUUUGUUCGCUGUCGUGGCACCGAGUCGGCACUGUCUGACUGCACACACAGAGGAUGGGGUCAACAUCACUGCGACCAUGGUUUUGACGUCGGAGUGAAAUGCUCAGGGUUUGUCCGGUUAGUUGGAGGGGACAGCGCCUGCUCAGGACGCGUGGAGAUCCAUGAUGGGAGCCAGUGGAGCACUGUCUGUGACUCAGCUUUUGGUCCCGAUGUCGCCAACGUGGUCUGCAGGAAUCUUCA